CCAGCGGAGCGUUUAGUCUCGCGGAGAACCCGCUGGGGAAAGGAUCCCCACCGAUCGUUGGGCAGUGUUCGCUUUUCAUCUUUAUAUAGUACAGACUUUAAAUAUGUCUUCAAAAAUGUCUGGAAGACUCCUAUACUUGUGGCUAGUGAGUGUCCUACUCAGCUUAGGAAAAGCAGCCGACAGCUCCGCCAAGCCAAAUAUAAUAAUUAUACUAAUUGAUGAUAUGGGCAUGAAUGAUGUGAGUUUCCAUGGCUCAAACCAGAUCCUAACGCCCAACAUCGAUGCUCUGGCCUAUAAUGGAGUCCUGCUGAAUAAGCAUUAUGUGCCAAAUCUCUGCACGCCUUCAAGGGCAACCCUGCUAACAGGAAAAUAUCCCAUACAUACAGGCAUGCAACAUUGGGUAAUCAUAACCGAUGAGCCCUGGAGCCUGCCCCAGCGUGAGCGUUUGAUGCCUGAACUAUUUCGGGAGGCGGGCUAUGCCACCCACUUGGUGGGCAAAUGGCAUCUGGGCUUCUGGCGCAAGGAUCUCACACCAACCAUGCGGGGAUUUGACCAUCAUUUUGGCUAUUACAAUGGCUACAUUGACUACUAUGAUCAUCAAGUUCGCAUGCUGGACAGAAACUACACGGCAGGCCUUGAUUUCCGUAGAGAUCUAGAGCCCUGUCCCGAGGCCAAUGGUACCUAUGCCACAGAGGCUUUUACUUCGGAGGCAAAAAGAAUCAUUGAGCAGCAUGAUAAGACCAAACCUCUAUUCAUGGUUCUCAGCCAUUUGGCUGUGCACACGGGCAACGAGGAUGAUCCCAUGCAGGCGCCACCCGAAGAGGUGGCCAAGUUUGCCCACAUCAAGGAUCCCAAGCGAAGGACCUAUGCGGGUAUGAUAUCCAGUCUGGACAAGAGUGUGGCUCAGACUAUGCGCGCCUUGAAGGAUAAUGGCAUGCUGAACAACAGCAUUGUUUUGCUUUACUCUGACAAUGGAGCUCCCACAGUGGGCAUACACUCCAAUGCAGGCUCUAACUACCCCUAUCGAGGGCAAAAGGAAUCCCCCUGGGAGGGUGGCAUUCGAUCUGCCGGUGCUCUGUGGAGUCCCUUGCUCAAAGAACGGGGCUAUGUGUCCAAUCAGGCUAUCCAUGCCAUCGAUUGGCUGCCCACUCUAGCAGGAGCUGCUGGGAUAACCUUGCCGCAGGAGCUUCAACUGGAUGGUAUUAAUCUCUGGCCAGCUUUGAGUGGAAACGAGGAGCCCAAGCCCAGGAGCUUCAUACACGCCCUCGACGAGAUCUUUGGCUACUCCUCGUACAUGAGGGAUACCCUGAAAUAUGUAAAUGGGAGCACCUUCGAGGGCCAGUACGAUCACUGGCUAGGAGAACUGGAAUCCAAUGAAGAUGAUCCCCUGAGUGAUAACUACGGACAGCAGGUUCUGUCAUCAGACGUUCAUAGUAUCUUGGGUGAUCGAGGACUCACGGAGGCUCAUAUCCUGCAAAUGCGAAGCGAAGCCACGCAAGAGUGUCCCGUGCUGGCAGGAGAAGAUCCGCAGGACCCCAAGUAUAAGUGUGAGCCCCUCAAGGAGCACUGUUUCUUCGAUCUGGCCAAGGAUCCCUGCGAGCGCUAUAACUUGGCCCAAUUAUAUCCCGCCCAGCUAGAGGAGCUCGCCCAAGAGGUGGAGCAAUUCCGGCGGACAGCAAUUCCCACGGCCCGCGUUCCCAUAACCGAUUAUCGGGCCGAUCCGGUGUUCCACAAUGGAAACUGGGAGUGGUGGAAUGAUACGGAUACGGGGUCAGGUGCCGGCACUUGUUCGCUUAAAUUAUGGAUUAUUAUGGGGAGUAUUAUAGGUUUAAUUUGUUCUAUUAGUUUUUAAGGUAAAUUGUGAGUAGUUUAAUUAUAAAUAAAUUUAAAUACUUUAGUUUUA